AUGGCAACAGUAAGCCCCCUCCACAUUCUUGAACUAUACUCUGAAACCAAUUUUCAGCAUUUUAAGAGAAACCUACUACUGGUGAACAAAUUUCAGUUAAUCACUGGCAUUGGUAAUCCAAUUGUCCAGAAAGUCAUGGACUACGCUGAGAUGUUUAACAAGUCGGCCAAUGCUUGCGGAAUGUGCAACGUGCAGGUGUCUUGCUCUCCGAGAUGCGACUACACUCCCGGCGGCAAUUCGUUCGGACUGGCGGAUCGGAUCUGCGAUCUUCCUACAGAGAAGCAGGCCUGUGCAAUGACUCAACAAGCAUUCGAUGACCUGUCUGGGGAUUGUAAAGUGUGGCCACCACGUUAA